AGAGGUCGCAGAGGGGUGACACAAGAGUGACACCGAUGAAGACCCAAGAAGCGCUGAAAUCUCUCAUCAGAUUCAGUGUUAUUCGCGAAUUGUCCUGGGGAUUUUAAUUCUACUUUCGACAGAAAAGUUUGAAGUUUUUACCCUAGUUUUUGGUUGGCUAUUCGUUCCUUGUGUGGAACCGUGCCACUCCGCUUGAGAGUGUGAGCGCAUAACAGCGUGAGCCAGUCUCCUAGGUGUUCUAGUAUUGUCAGUUUCAGUUUCUGGUUUUAAAGUCUUACAAGUACUACCUCGACCCUUCCGCAAGGUUUGACUACAUCAUAUCCAUGCACCAUCAGGAUCACGCUAUCCCUCAAUCCAACAUGCCUCCUGCUCGUUCCCCUCAAAUCGACCCAGCUUUAUCGCUCUACCCCCCUUACUACUCAUAUCAACAGCCUCAACAACACAUCAACCACCACCUUACAGUUCCUCAGAACUUACCUUCACCAUCAUCACAAGGAUCGGACACAAUAGGUACACCCCCAAACGACAACCUGUCUUACUCACCUGGCAAUUCAAACGGGAAGAGACCCUCCUCUUCCCUCGUCGGUGCGAUGGGUGAUAGCAGCAGGAAAAAGGCACGCUCAGAAGACAGCUUAGACGGGCACAGUCCUGCUCCUGACAAAGACGACUCGAAGCCAAAGACCACCAGGGGUUCACGCAAGGCCCCCCCUUGCCAACGCUGCAUUAGUGGGAACCACGAGUGCAUAUUCGAGGAGUCCAAUCGAGGCAAACGGUCCACCAACUCCUCCACUCGCUCACUAAAGAAGAUGGAGAAAACUCUGGACACUGUUCUAAAGUCUAUCGGUAAUCCGAGUAUGGUCUCUGGCAUGGUGUCAAGAUCGCCCUCCCCGACAAGUCAAGCUGCACAAACUCGGGUGCUUCUGGAAACACCGUCGCCUCCUCCCCAGUCUGCCUAUCCACCAUCAUCAAGUGCCAAUGCCUCUGCUUCCCCAAAGCUUCAUUCCCUUCCCGAUAACUCGCUUAACCCCCUCGGGCUGCUUGCCGAGGCAAGCUUGGCAAACCGACGUGCCCAGGGCAUCUCGUCCUCGUUCUCAGCGCGCCCAACGGAUCCCGAUCCUGACCACAAGUUGGGUGUGGCUAGUGAUAAUUAUUUUAGGCCAGGCCCGAUGACAAUACUCCCCUUGCGACGCUUGUAUAUCGAACGGCAGAUUCAGCCCGAGAUGCUGAGCUUUGUUAGCACCGAGCAAGUGGUGCACUGUGAGCUCUUUGAUAGAGAGUUCCACACGCCCUCGCUCGUUUGUUCCCGUUCGCCCAUUUUUACUGACAACCACGACCGGAACUUCACCAGCAACUUGCAGAACUUGCACAGAAGCUCGCGAUUUAGUGUACCUGCCAAAGGUUAUAAAUCCCUUGAAAUUGUUCAGGCAUAUCUCCUCCUCACUCUUUGGGGAUGUGGUGCCGUAGAGCGCUAUGAGUACGACAAGACAUGGUUGUUACUGGGAAUGGCCAUUAGGAUGGCGACAGACCUCAACCUGCAUCGGAAGACAACGAUGACCAGGCAAGAUACACCAGAAGGUCGGGCUCGGGACAAGGAGGUCCACAAUCGUGAGCGAACAUGGUUGUUGUGCUUUGCCCUCGACAGAAGCGUGAGUUCUCAAAUGGGAAAGCCUCACUCUAUCAAAGAGGACUUUGUGAUCCGCAAUGCACUGCAGUGGUUGAAGUCCCCCGUUGGACAACCAGGUGACACUGCUUUAGCAGCAUACGUCGAAUUACAGCGGAUUGUAUCCAGGAGCCUAGACUUCCUGUAUUCGGGGACUAAUACCCCGUCCGGUUUACAGACCGACUGCGAUUACUUGAUUAUCAUUAAAACUAUCGAGACCCAGAUACUUGCAUGGCAGCAUGAAUGGACGGCUGCCUCGACCUUUUUGCCAACCAGUAAUUAUACCUUUAUUCAAUGCAAUCAUCUAUAUCGUGCUUACCAUUUUUUUUACUUCCACUACUAUAUGUUAGUCGUGAAUUCUUUUGGACUGCAGAACGCCAUGGAGCGUUCGGCAGCCACGGCAGUGGCUAUUGUCGCGCGAGACGAGCUUGCGCCGAUGGGUAUGCUGAAGUAUUCGCCGGAUUCGCAUUUCGUAUACAUUUCUUACGCAGUACUCAGUUUACUCAAGCUUAUCCGCCCGGAGUUCCAGCAGUUCAUCGAGAACGAGCAGAACAUCAUCGACCUCGUCAAGGACGUUGCGAACGUCCUUGCAGAUGUCGCCAUUCCACCACAAGAGCCUGAAGAGGUGUCAUCUGGGGACCAGUCUGAUAGCAUGAGCCAUAGUGACAUGGCUAACAACAUGAACAAUUCCGCGCUCUUCAGUGGUAAUCCAGCGAUGGGAACGAAUGGCAUCAAUGGCAUGAGCGAUUAUUCGUUCGCGAGUGAGAUGGGUCCUAAUAUCCUGAGCAAUGGAUUUUGGGAUAGUGUGUUGGUUAUUCAGGACACCAUGGAAGGCCUAAGCGGCGGCUUCGUGUUCGGGGCUGGGGGUAGUGGACUAAUCACCCCCGGUUGGCUCCCCUCCCCCAUCCCAUCGGGCGAGAACACCCCAAUGCGACAUUCAACCAUGGACUUCACCCAACAAAAUUUAGUCUCUGUGUUCCAACAGAGAAAGUUAAUUAUAUAAAGCGUUUUCAUGUUCAUGUCCAUGUUUCACCUUUGUGUCAUAUAUGUGUUCUUGUUGUCGUUGUAUUCAAUUGUGUGGUCUACGUACAGUACACAUUCGGUCGUUUUGUUAUCAUUGAUUGAUGGAUCCCCUUCGUUGUGCUUUGUUUUAUCACAUUUUAUUCCAUCGAGACUUAAUGUAUUAUAUUUUUUUCAAUGGGGCACCAGUUCUUGAUGUGCAAUAAUUAA